GGAUUACGCGUACGAAGUCGCGGGCAGAAGCUAGUAGUUAAUAUAAUAAGUUGGUUCAGUUCAGAGACUUUUUAAACGGGCGGAUCUAAUAUUGUAUUGCACCAUAUUAAGACAGUUUAAAAAUAUGUACUUAGAUUAGAAGCUGCUGCUGCUAUGCUAGAGACCUAAGAUUAAUAGAAUAAAUUUGAUCCUGAGCUAAGAUCUCCAACCCACCAGCGAAGUAUGGAGAUUAAUUAUAACAAACAAGAGGUCCAUAAUCCAACAGUUCACUGUCACGCAUUGUUGGUGAUUAAUACCAUGAGCGAUACACUAUUUAACUUACCAUACCUGUGUUAUUUUUCAGAAAACAGACAUUACAGUGAAAGAAAUGGAACAAUCAGAAGAGCCAACCAUAAUCAUAUAUAAUGAGGACGCAAAAACUUCGCAUACAGUAAAACCUAAUUUUAUACCUAAUAAAACAUUAAACUUUGAUGUUCCAUCAAUGGAAGAUAAAGAAACUACAGAAGACACAAUGUCAAAAGAAGAAAUUGCAAAAGAAAUUUUAAAAGAAGAAAUUUGGAAAGUUUUUAAAGAAGAAGAAUCUGCGAUCAAGAAUGAAGUAAUCAAAGAUGAAGAAAAUACUGAUGACACCGAUGAUGAAGAUGAUGAUGAUGUUAUAGAAAUUAAGAGACCCCAUAUAGUCAUUGAAGUUUCUUCUGAUGAAAGUGAUUCAAAUGCUGAUUUUAUUAGCUUAACACCUUACAAAGAUGCACAACCAUUGAAAAGGUGCAGAACAGGAAUAUCACAAUCUUUGCAACCGAGGCCAAAGUAUGCUAGAAAGGAGGCAAUCAAAACUAAAAUAAAGAAAGUAAUGAAGAAAUCUUAUUUGGAAAAUCCAUUCAUUCGGGAUUUGCGAAAGUACUUUUACAUUAUCGACAUACCGGUACGUGAACAAAUAAAAGUUUGGCUGUACACAAUACAGACUAGACCAGAAUACUCCCUGAAAGUAUUGGUCUGCCGUGUCUGUAAUUUGGACUUUGCUGCUGGAAAUCUGUUGCGGAAACAUUUUGCUAAACAUGUUGUUACUUCAGGAAAGCAUCAGUGCAAUGUAUGUCUGCUCCGUUUCCAAACUGUAAAUGAACUGAAGGCUCAUUCCAUGCGCUUACAUGUUUGGUUCUACCGCUGCAGAGGGUGCAGAAAGGAAUUUAAUAAUCGGGACGUAGCAAAGUUCCACCAGAUCAUAGGCUGUGAUAUAGCUAACACUAACCCUCCGAAUGACCUGCCCAUCCUCUCGAUAUCCCUACAAGGAGAAGAUAAGCCCUGGGCCGCAACUUGUGAUAAAAUAGAUUAAGAUCAUAUUCAGAGAAAGAUUGAGGCCUGUUUUUAUCAACCUGUUGAUGUGCCUCAGUUUUAAAAUGGUAGAUAUAGAUGGAUUUGGUGUUGAUAUCGAUUAUUGUAGAAGAAAUUUUUAAGAUUCGUUCGCUGCUCAACCCUUGCCGCCUUACUCCGCGGCAUGUAACAAGCGCGGAAGUCCUAUGCACGCCGUUGCCUACCGCAGUCAGUAGGUACCUAUGCCACGGCCUCCGCCGCGGGAGCUUGCGGCCAGUCUUUCAAUGCCGUGAAAUUCCUUUCGAUGCCACACGGUUUAAAAGUCCAUUAGUAAGUAAAAAUUUUAAUCCCUUGCCAUGCCGUUCCGGUAUGCGUAGGCCUUAACAA